CUUUUGCUUUUUUGUGUUGUGCUGUUAACGAUAAUUUAUUUUGUAUUUUUUCAAUACAAUUAGUGUUCCGCUGUUGUUACCGCUUGGAAAUAUUCUCACAAAACACUACGAACAUAUUCAAAGGUUCUCGCCGCUGUGCAGGUGUUGCAUGGCUUUUGUGACCUCAGGGGGCUGGAAAACCAGGAUUGGCGCACGCUGCGGUCUCGUUUGGUUCAUUGUCAACGACCGAUCCCACGUUCCCGCUCCGACCGCUGCCGCUGAGUAGAAAGCCCGCGGUCUGGUGAGACGGCGGAGGACACCGCCGGCUGGGAGCAUGUUCCACCAGCAGCGCUGUGAGCGGCCCAUGGCUGCCUACAACAAGGCGCUGGAGCACCGCGACCAGGGCGACAGUCUGCGCUGUCAGCUGACCGCCGAGGCUGACAAGAUCCUCAAAUGGAAGGUGUCGGCGGAGAUCAGUCGGCAGCAGCAGCUGACACAGCUGCGCGAGGCCCAGGAACAGCACCAGGCGCAGGAGGAGCGGCUGCGGCGGCUGCAGGAGGCGCACGGCGCCGCGCUGGCUGCGCUCCGCCAGCAGCAGCAGCGCAGCGGAGACGUGGCUGAUCAGCUGCAGGCCACGCGCGCUGUGGGUGCCGUCAUCCAGCAGCAGGCGACUCGGCUGCGCGCCGCGCUCGACCAGUGCGAGGCGGACACGGCACGGCUGCAGGCUGACCGCCAGACGCAGACGCAGCGGCUGGACCAGUUGCAGCAGCAGUUCAGCGAGCUGACAGUGCGCCACCAGCAGACGGUCGGCCAGCUGCGCGACGAGGCCGUCGACGCUGAGCGCGUGCGAAAACAACGCGAGCAGGAGUGGGCCGCGGAGCGCGAGCGGAAUUCUGCGGCGCUGCAGCGGCUCGAGGAAGAACUGUCGGCGAGUGCCGCCGACGCCGAGCGACUGCGGGUCGAACAGGCGAAACUUACGUCAGCCAUCGAUACGCUGGAGCGGGAAAAACUGCUGAUAGGAGAGGAAAUGCACCGCACGGAACUUGAACUUCAGCAACGCAACGACGAGCUGGAAACACUUACUGACGACCUGGCUCAGAGCCGUGCCGAAAUGGAGACCGCUUCUGCCGAGCUGGAGCACACUCAGUCGGAGCUGGCCAAGGCCCAGGAGCAGCUAGAUGAAGCUGCUAAAGAGAAAGCCUCACUGGAGGGCGGCCUACAGCAAAGUCGGGAGGAGACUGCCAAACUGGAAGCGUCCCUGACUGAAGUGACCAAAGAGCGGACAGAUUUGAAUACUCGCCUGGAAGAGGAAACAGUCACCCGUGCUCGGACAGAGUCUGAACGAGAGGCGAUUCGUGAGGAGCACAGGGCGACAGAGGAGGCGCUGAACGCCGCCCGUGAGCGAGUGGCCGCCCUCACAGAGAGCCUGGCCAACGCGGAGGCCGAGCAGGCGCGGCUGAGGGAGGAGAUGGGCUCAGCCGCCGGCCACCACGAGUUCCACGCCGCGGCGCUCCAGCAGAGCGUCGCAGACCUCAAGGACGAGCUGGGCAGAACGCAGGCAGAGGUUGUUCGGCAGAAGUCUGAGCUGGAGGCGGCUGCAGAGGUCGCCGCAGCGCUGAAUCGUACCGUCUCGGAACUGAAAGAGGAACUGAAACAGCGCGAUACCGAGCUGGAUACGAGCCGACGUGAGCUGGAGACGACCCGCGGUACCAUGGUGGAAGAGCACCAGUCGCACGCUCAGGCGCUGCAGGAGCGUGAUGAGGCGCUAAAAGAGGCGGCCGCCGCUCGGGCUGAGCUCGAGACCCAGUGCGACGAGCUGCGGCGGCAGCUGGAGGAAGCGGUCGGCCGGGCCGCCGAGCUCGAGACGGCCCGUGACGAGCUGACUGAGCGGCUCGGCGCUGAACAAGAAGCCGGCCGGCAGGCGGCGGUCGAGGCCGAGCGGGAGAACGCCCGCGUCACCGCACACGCCGAGCACCGCAUACAGGAGAUGACGGCGCUACUCGACCAGUACAAACAGGACACCGAGAGCCACGUCAGCCAGGCGCGCCAGGAGACCAGCGAGGUCACCGCUCAGCUGCACGAGGCGCAGGCCGAGGCCAAGCGGCUGCGGACGGCGCUGGAGCGCGUCAACCGCCGCCACCCCGGCCCGCCCGUCUCGGAGAACGACGACUCGUCAACUCAGCCCACAACGCCCAAGUCCACCGUGCCGACCACGCCUCGAAUGAAGACGCCCAGUACGCCCAAGACGCCCGUACAGCAGGUGCUGCGGCCGGAGCAGACGGACAACAUGCCGUCCCGCAGCAUCCUGCGCGCGCCGCACUCACCCUGGGUCAGGAAGCGGCGCGUGGUCUUCAACGAGGAGGACGAGGUGCGCUCCCUGGCCAGCUCCAUGUCCGAGUCGUUCGCCGUCACUGACGAGUUUCUGGAGACCAAGUUCGCCCGUAUGCAGUCGGGACGACAGCCGGCCGGCGAACGGGCCAAGCCGGGCGGGCCGCCGGCCGUGUCGGCCGUGGCACCGCUGCCCAGGACGACGCCACACAAGGUCGAUCGGGCGGCCCGCGCCGCCGAGAUCCGCCAGGCGACCUGGAGCAGGGAGGGCGCCCCGCCGCCGGUCAAGAUCCAAAAGGGAAAGAAGUUCUUCCGGAAGCUGCACAACCCAGACGCUCAAAACGCACAGAGCGUGGCUUUCGACUCAGUGUUUGACUUCAGCUGAGCUGUGACUGUGGUGUAUGUUGAUCGGUUCAUGGUGAGUUGUUACGACGGCACCCCAGAUGCGAAUUAUGUUGACAGUUGAUUUUCCAGUUGCAUUGUUCAAGUCGCGUUGUUGAGAUUUGGAAUGGGCUGGCCGUUUGGAGAAUCACUCGCAGUGCUAUCGUUUGUUCGGUUGUUGAGAUUUGAGCGCGGCGCCUUGCGAUGUGCGUUUAAACACGCCGACUGAGACGGGCUGCCGCCUUUGUCCUCUCCCGUGGUUUACAACCCUGAGUGCCAACAUUAAUAAACACAUAAUAGCAUGUCA